AGAAUGCUUUGGAAACCAUAAAAUGAAUAUUAUGUUGCGGCAAUUAAAACGCAAUAUAUUCCCUUUCUCGAUCGAGAUCAAAGUUCAAACAGUUUACAUAUCUGGAAUCAAAUUGAUGAGAACCAAUUUAAAUAGUUAACCGAAAAUGUUCGAAAGAAGAGUAAUUAACCAAAGUAAACCAACGUAGACAUUUAAAUAUCUCUAGUAGUUAACCGAAGAAAUGAAGAAUCGGAAGCAGAGGAAAAAAAAAAGGGUUUUGCUUUUGCGCCUAAACCCUAAACCCUGGUUCCUUGAAAAGUCAGACGACGCUUCAAUCAUUUUGCUUGCGCUAGUAGUACGUUCGAGACUUAAUCCUUCCAUAUUCUUGAUUAAAAUCACAUAGAGUUUCAACAUGUAUUCCCUGAUACUCAAUGGAAGAAGGUCCCUAGAGCUACACAAGUGGCAUAACUUGAGAGUUUCAGUGCAAAAUGCAUUUUCUUUCCCCAGUUCCUUUUCUUCUUAUGCUGCUAGUAGUGCUAGAGAUGGUCCAAAAGGACAGGUUUUCACUUUCUGUUACCUCGUUGAUUCGUUGGGUUUAACUGCAACACUCGCAGAAUCAAUCUCAAAGAAAGCCAGCUUCAGGGACAAGGGUAAUCCUGAUUCUGUCCUGAGUCUCUUUAGAAGUUAUGGGUUCACAGAUUCUCAGAUCUCCAGCAUGGUCACGAACUAUCCACGGUUGCUUAUGCUAGAUGCUGAGAAAUGUCUUGGUCCUAAGCUUCAGGUGCUCAAGUCAAUGGAAGGAGGUUCAAGCUCUGAUCAGCUCAUCGAGACUAUCUCAAAAGUUCCUAAACUCUUGGGAAUGAAAGGGGACAAAACUAUAAGCAGAUACUAUGAUGUUGUCAAAGAGACCAUCAAAUCUGGUAAGAGUUCCAAAUUCGAAAAGUUAUGUCAUUCACUGCCUCAUGGUUUGCAGCAGAACAAAAUCAGGAACGCAUCUGUUUUGAGAGAACUUGGAGUUCCUCAGAGGUUGCUAAACCCUUUGCUCGUCUCGGACCAUAAACUUGUCUGCGGAGAUGGAAAAUUUAAAGAAACCCUCAAGAAGGUUAUUGACAUGGGUUUUGAUCCGACAAGCGCACAGUUUGUUCAAGCUCUGGGGGCUGUUCAAUGGUUGAGCGACAAAGAGAUAGAAGAGAAAGUCAAUGUCUACAGGAAGUUAGGGUUUUAUACAAGAGAUGUGUGGGAAAUGUUUCUGAAGUAUCCUAUCUGUCUUAGAAUCUCAGAGGACAAUAUAACUCAGACGUUCAAAGUCUUGAAUAAAUGUGGACUAAAAGAAGAAGAGAUCCUCUCAGUGUUCAAGAAGUUUCCGGAAUGCAUUGGUUAUUCGAGGCAGAAGAUAUGCAACUCCCUUAAAACAUUUUUUGGCCUUGGAUUUGACAUUAAUCAGUUUUCGAUGAUAGUCAAGCGCUUCCCUCAAUGUCUUAGCAUAUCUCCAGAGAGGGUGAAGAAAAGGACGAGGUUUCUGGUGAAGAAGAAGAAUAAAAUUAUGCUGAGGAAGAUGAAAUGGUCAUUAAGGGGUGUGGUUUUGUUUCCUCAGGUACUUGGAGUUAGCAUGGAGAAGAGGAUUGUACCGAGGUGUAACCUUCUGAAAGAGCUCAUGUUGAAAGGGUUGCUGGGAGACAGAGAAAGCAUACUACCUGAUAAGGAAUCUGUCUUGGUAUGUACUGAUGAUGAAUUUUUAAACAGGUUUGUGAGGAAUCAUGAUGACAAGGAGCUUGUGGCUGAGUUAAUGGCUAUCUUCACCAGCGAUUCUUCUGCUUCAUAGAUAUUUAAAGGCUUGUGUCAAGGAGUGAUAUGAUUUCUAAAAACAGUUUAAGCUAUCAAUAUUAUUUAACUGAAUAAUGUAAUGCUUUUGGUUGUUGUUUCAUUAUCAUAUAUCAAAGUAACCAAACACACGUUUGAUCCAUAUUUUUUGAGGUAUAUCUAGCAAGUGGCAACAAGUCUCUUUUCAUUUUCUUCGUUUGAUUGUGUUUUUGGAGAUAUGAGAUCCUAAGUUACAUGUACGUUUAGAGGUAUAUCUAAGGUGUAUAUCAUGUUUCUAAGUUAUAUCCCGCGAAUAAAUUUAGACUUAGACAAGUCAACUCCAAGCAAAUUUGCACCUAAAUCUAUCGGUUGCAGCUGGGUGCAAUUAGUCAGUCAAAGCAUCAAGAAAUUCAAGAUCUCCAAACAAAUGACUUCCCAAAUAGUUACCAA